ACAAGCUUUCCCAACCCCACGCCAUUCUCAUUUUAUCCAUUAACUCGUUUCUUUCUCUCUCCUAGGGCUAGGGUUUCACUCUCUCUCUCUCUCUCUCUCUCUGAGGCUUUGUUCUUAUUUUCUGUCCCUCGGAGAUUCAAUGGCGCAGCAGGAGGUCCAUAACGGAGAAGUCGCUAAGGGAGCUGUCACCGACGCCUUGGUUUUCACGUCGGUAAAGCCACAGCUGCUUGUGGAGGCUCCCAAGGCGAGCGACGCCAUUCAGUUCUACAAGGCUGCGUUCGGCGCUGAGGAGCUCGGCCGUACCAUGCACCCCAAGCGCAAAGCCGAUCAAGAGCUCCCUCUCAUUCUCUCUGCUCAGCUGAAGCUCGGUGGCUCCACCUUUCUCGUCUCUGACCUCACUCAUGACUCUGCUGCUCCGGCCAAGACCGAGGGGGCUGGAAUCGUGCUCUGCCUGGAGAUCGAGGACGUCAAUGCUGCCAUCGUGAAGGCUGUGAGCGCGGGAGCAGUAGCUGUGGGUGAGAUUGAAGAGGGUGACGGCGUGUGCGGGGGUGGGCGCGUUGGAAAGGUCAAAGACCCGUAUGGCAUCGUCUGGGUCAUCUGCUCCCCAGCCCUGAAGAGCGCCGAUGUGGAUGCCUGAUUCCCGUCCGAUCAAUGGUCUCUCUGCUCACCACCUGUCUCUGUUUUGUUGGCUUCUACUUAAUCCGGUGCGCGUGGGACCCUCAUCAGCAAAAAGUUUCUAGGAUUAGAUUAUAAUAGCGUUUCGGGCCUAGUAGUGAAUAUUUCGGUCAUUUUGAAAAACAGAAACUCACUUGGAAUGACUAUAACCGACAGCUGGCGACUAAUUUGACUUUAUUGCUUCUAUUUA